GUUCUUCUCGGUAACUAUUCAUCAUGUUUCAUAAACAGGGCAAGCAGCAAUGGCUAACGCUAGGCCAUUGCCGCUGAGCGAGAUAGCAGGAUGGACACAUGAUUUCACUGUGAAUUCUCCUUCGUGGAGACUAGCUGGAGCCGACACGCCGUUACUGCCAAAAGAAGACGCUUGUUCCUGCAGCCAAUCUUUGUCUGUGCUUGUGUCAACCAUGGAGAGUUGCCAGGUGACUGUGGUUGUCAGAGGAGAAACUUCUCCAGGUGAGGUGCUUGCUGUUGUUGGCAGCUGUGAAGCAUUGGGAAACUGGAGCCAUGAAAAAGCUGUCAUAUUACAUCCUGAUAGUAAUGAAGGAAACACCUGGACUACAACAGUCACUGUGCCCAAAGGAGUUAGUUCCAAGUACCGCUAUUUCAGAGGCUUCUUUUUGUCUAAGAGUGCGGGUGGUCCCUGUCAAGUGAUAGUCAAUAUGUGGGAGACCCAUCAUCAACCUCGCACGAUGAGCCCCACAGCGUCACACCAGAACAUUGAUGAUGGACAAUUUGGAAUUAACAAUGGGGUGAAAUGUGUAGACUCUGGUUGGCUUACAUGCCAGACAGAGAUUCGCCUGCGUCUGCACUAUUCAAAGACCUCUCCGGUGUCCAUCACUAAGAAGAAAUUCAAGAGGUCCCGCUUCAGGAUCAAGCUGACAUUGGAGGGGAUUGAGGAGGAGGAGGAGGAAGAUGAAGAGGAUGGUGCACUCAGUGCUUCAUCUUGGAACAAGAUGACCACCACUUUGGAGAUGAUUAUGAUCAGUGCCAAUGGCUAUAGGUCGCGUCACUCGCAGCCUGAAUGUGGAUAUGCACUGGAGCCGACCCGGUGGACUGAGUACAGUAUUCACACCAUGGAUCCAGACAACUUAGAGCUCACCUUUGAGUUCUUUGAGGAAGAUCUGAGUGAGCAUGUUGUCCAGGGAGACACUCAUCCAGGACAUGUGGGCACAGCUUGUCUUCUCUCCUCCACUUUUCGGGAGAGUGGCAAAGACAACGGAGUAGUCACUCUUCCCAUAAUGAGUCGAAACGCCAGACAUACCAUCGGGAAAGUGAGAGUGGAUUUCCUGGUGAUUCGGCCCAUCCAGGGGCUGCUGUGUGACAUGAGUGCCUCGUUCACCAAAUACUGGAAGAAAGGAAGUGCUCUGAAUGUGGGUCACAGAGGAGCUGGCAGCACACAUGCAGCCAAGUACCACAGAGUCAGGGAGAACACAAUAGCCUCAUUCAAAAGUGCUUCCAAGCAUGGUGCAGCUUAUGUGGAGUUUGAUGUUCACCUUUCCAAGGAUGCUGUUCCUAUUGUAUACCAUGACCUGACAUGCUGCAUAGCCACCAAGAAGAAAAACGACAAGACUUCACUGGAGCUCAUCGAGGUGCCAGUCAAAGACUUGACAUUUGAUCAGCUGCAGCUUCUGAAGCUGGCCCAUGUUGCUGCAAUGCAGGCCAGUGAUCACAACGAUCUGCUUGACGAUGAAGAUGAAAUUGAUGAGCAUCAGCCCUUCCCUUCACUCUCACAGAUCUUUCAGGCUGUUCCUGAUAAUCUGGGUUUCAACAUUGAGCUUAAAUGGAUUUGCCAGAUGAAGGACGGCUCGUGGGAUGGCAAACUAUCGUCCUACUUCAACAUGAACAGCUUCCUUGAUAUUAUUCUGUCUUGUAUUCUGCAAGAAGCUGGCAAAAGACGCAUCGUCUUCUCUAGUUUUGACCCAGAUAUAUGUACAAUGGUGCGUCAAAAGCAGAACAAGUACCCCAUCCUUUUCCUUACUCAGGGAAUUUCAGAAAGGUAUCCUGAACUGAUGGACAUCCGCUGCCAGACCACUCAGUUUGCCAUAAGUUUUGCCCAGAGUGAGAACAUUUUGGGAAUUAGUGCCCACUCCGAGGACCUGCUUAAGAACCUCAUCUACAUUAGUGAAGCCCAGUCUAAAGGCCUGGUGGUGUUUUGCUGGGGAGAUGACAACAAUGACCACGAAACCAGAAGGAGGCUGAGGGAGCAGGGGAUAGAUGGGCUGAUCUAUGAUAGUAUCUGUGAGGAACAAGGGGAGCAGCCAAAUAUCUUCCAAGUAGAGGGGCAACACUCCCUGCAGGAGGUAAUUACAGAGGAGACCCUAAAGAGUGGCACCUGUUCCUGCUACUCCAUCCCCUGUUCCAUGGCUCCCUGCAUUGCCUCCAAGGCCCGCGCUGGCAGUGCUGAGUCUGAUUCUGGGCACAGCUCCUUGUAAUCACUCCGAAACUACCUAAACUCAAGAUGGCUAAUGUAAAAAAUAACAGAUGAGAUCAGAUCAUCAAUAUUUUAUGUAUCACAAGAGUAAAUACACUUAUUUAUAUUUUCUGUUUAAGCACUGUAGUUGAAUGUUUUGCCAAAGCAUUCUAGCGGUCAUGCCUAUUCUGUGUUUAUGGAUUAUAUCAGAACUCCCAGGUCUCCGAGUGGACUUGAAUUGUGGAUAUUUAAUCAGCCAUUAUUUUUCAUCUCUGUAUAGUCAAAGUGCUAAAAAAGUUAAUGCUUAUGAUUUUUUGUGGGUGUCAUUUUUUUUAACAACAUAGUAAAUUGUCAUUUGGUUUAUGGUGACAUUUCAUUAUGCUGUUUUUCUGUUUUUGCUGGUUUAUCUUUUCUGUGCAUGUAGCCAUUGCCUGAAAUGUUGUUUUUGAAAAAUCAGUAAUAGCACAUUCAUUGCUGGGUGAAGUUUGUAUGCUACACACAGGACAUGCAUUAGUGUGUAAACUGUAGCACUUGGAAGAGCACAGAUGGACUGUCAAAAACUCCUCCUUUCCACACAUUUAAACUCCUACUUAUUGACUCUUUGGGUGAAAUAGCUGUUAACAUUGUUAACAACAUUCUACAGGCGUACAAGAUUCACCGCAUCCUGUAAUUAUUUUAUCUAUUUUAUAUGUGGAAAAGAAGACAUGUUUUCUUUUAACAGUGCACACAUACAAUGGCCUUAAAAAGAAUACAAUGAUUUCUGUACAAAACAACUUCCACAACUUCUUAUGGAUUGCUUGUCACUUCUCAACACAAAUGCCUUUUAUUGCAUGAGAUAUUUUUUUUUGUGAAAAUUAAACUUAAAAUAAUUUGAAUAUUAAAGUGUUUAGGAUAUAGGGAUAAAUGUGAGUGUGUGAAUCCACCAUGUUGUACAGUCUACAGAUAAACAGAACAAAGGCAAACAAUAGCUAUAGAGAGAGUCUGUCAUGUUUGUGUUACCUCAGGGCCAGUGUACACUUCUUGCACGCCCUCUUGAGUUUGUGGCUUUUUGCUAUUAAAUCCUGUGUGUUCUAGCAGAACCUGUUAACUGUGCACUUUGAACACAGCAAAAUACCCAAAACUGACUUGCACACUGCAAUGAUUAUGCCAUGUAAGGUCUGUAUAUAUCUGUAUGAAUGAAACAAAAUACUUGAUUCCCCACUUGAGGACAUGAGCGUGGAAAUGUUGAUGCAAAUAAAAUCAAUAGACACAUUUA